UUCAGAUUUUACCUUUACUGCUGUUCUGCGAACAUCGUGCGGCGAUUACCUCUGUAAAUUUUGCGAUUUCAUCGAUUUUAAUUAAUAGACGUUCUGUAACAAAGAUCUCGAUCAAUAUGGAUAAUACACCAUCGACAUUUAGUUACUGCCAGCGGCUGACUUUCCAGGCAUGGAUCUGUAGGCACGUUCCACUUGCUCGGUCAAGGGUUUCUCACACCAGAGUGCAGGUGCUAUCAAGCACGAACUUCGUCCCACCUAGGCCUGAGUUCAACUGCUCGUCUCCCCAAAAGCUGUUAGAGACGUGGACCAAGCGGUUGAGAUCUAACCAAAACCCUGAGAGGCCCCGUGAGAAUGAAAAGCGCUCCAAAGACACCACAGCGGUGUUCUCUGCCAAAGCCAAAGACCAACAAGCGAAUACACAUAACACUGGAGGCCUAGCAGCCAUCACAGACGCCUCGCAAUCGGACCACAGUGGUCGUGUAGUACAUCCGAACACAGCAACUGACAAGGUUGAUGUGAGUGCUGGACACUCUAGAUCAAGCUACCGUGUCCAGGACAAAAACAGCUCAGCAGAAAAGGAGGACCUGCCAGUUGGCUGCCUUUGCAUACCAAUCCUUCCGCUCCACAGAUUGAGACGCAAGCGACGGGCAAAAGUGGCACCCUUCAACCUACCAUCGCCAUUCGUCAAAACCACAUCGAAGUCAGCCACUAGUGGUGAGGACCGCCUGGUACAACCCCAGAUGGCAGAGGUCUCUGUGUUUGGUGUGGAGGACAGAGACGACCAGGACAGUCCGUGCCUUGGCCUGCCAUCUCACCGGAUGAUGAAAGAAGACCUGGAUGAAUGGUGUCAGAGGAGCAGAAGUGAGGCACACUUUGAGCGUGAAGGGGACGAAGUUAAGGGUAUAUCAAGAGAAAGCAUCUCUCUUCCGCCCAGACCAAAGACAUCAAGGGGGAUUAGACAGGACAACGGCCGAAAUGAUCAACCCUUCAAGGGAAGUGAAAAGUCACGUGAAGAGAUCAGCAGACUCGACGAAUUGGAGCAGGACGAGGAAGCUGUGCUCAUGGGUGGAGAGCCUGAGAUCAUGGUAUCGCGAACAAUUAUGGAGAAUGGGAAUUCAGAUAUUAGUGACUCUGAAGAGGUCUUGUACUGCUGGAAAAAUGUCGAAGCGAAGAACAGUGAAGAUGGAAGAGGGAUGAAAGGUGAAGAAGUCGUGGUCUGUGUACUUGGAGAAGGAGCCACAAGCAAUAAUACUCGGCGGGAAUAUUUGCCGACGCUGUCACCGGAAGAUCUCCCUCCGAGACCAAAGACUGCGCGAGGGUUUAGACGAGAAUGUGGACGCGGGGAUCUACGCUCCGUGUCAGGAGGAGUAGGUGUAAGAACAGUGUCAGAGGUCAUUAGGACAUUGACCAGGGAGGAAGACAGAGAGGAGGAAGAUGAAUAUGUGAUUUCAGGAGCAGACUUGAAAAGCAAGAAGAGCAGCUCGUCUUUAAACUCUGGUGAGGCACUAAGUAUUUGGAGAAAUCCGGAUGUGUUCUACAACGAAGAUGAAGUUGAAGACCAGGCAGGCUUAUCAAGUAAAGGUUAUGAAUACGACACAAGGCCAAAGAUUGAUAAAGCAAUCCCGUCUGGACAGAAAGGAGUUUCGCCUUCGGCUAAUGACAGAAAUAAGGGAACCAUUACUCCAAAAUAUUCAAAGGAGUCUGUGGAUUCAGACGGUGUGAUAAUGACACCCGAAGACGAACUUGAGUAUGAUCGACAACAACGAGAGCAGUGGCAGCUAGCUGGUAUCGGUGAAUGGUCCGUUCUUUGCCAAGACUACGAUGAAGACGAUUAUGAAUCAGAGUGUUACCUGAGGAUGGAUGAAUUACAGAAGGAGCAGGCUAUUAUGGAGGACUGGAGGGCUAUCACUGAGCGUUACCAGUCCAUAGGUGUCAUCCAGGAUCUGCAAAACAUGCAAACACUCUGCAAGUGCACCAUCAACCAGAGUGAGAGAGCUCUGCGGCAAUUCGCCAGGAUUUGCCGGGGUCCCGUGCCACUCUCAAAGUCGGGACAAACCAAAGCUGAAGCCAUUGCUUCUCUCUCUAAAAAGGCUCAGAAGCAGACGAGGAGGAUCUCAGAAAGGAUAUCCGACACCUUCAUGGAGUUCUACCAAAUCUUUGAGGAGCUUGACAUCUUGAGGGAGAGACAAGAUCGGGUGGAGGAAUCCCUACAAGGCGAUCUGGAAAAGAGGGACGCGUCAUCAGCAGACUUGUCUUGGUCAAGUUCCCAGAGUUCAGUUGUCACACCGAGGCUAAUUUCUAGUCGGAUACAACAGAGGGAACUUGACAUGGACCUGGUGGACAAAUACAUGGAAGACUACAGGGUGAAGUCCACCAGCCUCUUUAACGUCAUGCCGACCAUUUACGAGGACGAAAUCUUUGAGGUGGAAGAGUGUCGGGAAGAGGAGUCAGAGGGUGAUUUUCCCGAGUACAGCGGGAUGGAUAACGUCUGCUUUGAUGGAGAUGACGUCAGAGUAAAUGAUACAGCGAAGAAUAAUAGGGAAGAUUCCAGCAUGAUGAACAGAGUAGCAGAUGAACAAAAUAAUGAGGAUGUUGUUGAGAAGCAAGAAGAAGGAGAAGGUGGUGUUGUAGGCCUAAAUGAAGAGAUGAGGAAGAUGAGAUAAACAUGAUUUCCUCUUAGGAGUCUUGACAAGAAGCGGACAAGUUUGCUGGUUGAUAAUAAAUGAAAUUAUUGUUCGAGUAAGACAGUAAUUGCUAAUUUAUAUUCAUUAAAGUUUCUUGACAUGCCCAUUUUGAUUGUUUCGUGUUCGCCGGUGACCUGCUCCUUGAUAGGUUUGAUGGUAGCCAAUGAUGGUAGCCAAUUCGCAAAUGAACGAACAAAAGAACAGAAAACAAAAGCCAAACACCCCAAAUUAAUAAACAAAGCAAUUCCAGCUCAAAUGAUUAUUUGAAUUAUUGAUACGUUUGAACGAUAAGAACCUUGAUCGCUGUUGGAGUGGACCCCAUUCUUUUUGCAGAUGCAAAUUGAAAACAGAAAUCAUAUUUCUAGCCAAGAUUAGGGUGAUUCGUACUUAUGGGGACUGGAAAUUAUAACGCCAUCAAAUUCAUCGGUUGUGUGUAUGCGUGUAUAUCAGGGAAACAUGAAAAUAUCCAUGUGCCCAUGCGUCAGCUCACUCGGUUAAAUGAAAACUAAAAUUAUUUGAAUGGAUCUCAUUUUCUUGCACUAACUUUUGAUAAUUUGGCCAAAAUACAUUUUUUACCAUAAACAGAGAUUGGCAUGUUUAUUCUUGCUCGGAUUUAUUGACGUUCUGGGGAAUUUGAAAGCAAUUUGAACAAGUUGAGAAUAUUAAGCCAAAUGGUUUUGGCAUUUCACACAAAAUAGAAACAAUCUGGCAUGUUUAUGAUUGACACAUUUUUACACUUCAUACUUUAAAACGAAUCAGUAUUUUCCUAAGUUAGUAAUCAUCACUGAUCAACAGUACCUGGAAAAAGGCCUACAGGAAAUUCCAACGAUUCAUUUAAAACAGGAACAGCCCACGUUAUUGUGUUUUUGUCGAUAGAUAUUUUUCAAAAGCAAAAACUUACACAUUCAUAUCCAUGGUACUCACAAAAAACGGUUGAGCCUGAUAUAAUUUUACCCAAAGAGGGAUUGCCGUGACGUUGAAAUUAUGGAAAAAUUCUUCAUUGAAAGAAAUUGCUUAAAGGAAGUAGUAUUUCAAAAGCAUAAUAUUCAUACCUUUUAAUAAACAUUUUAGCUGACUGAAUAUAGACAAUCUGCAGAAAUUUCCAAAAUAUUAUCAAAAUAUUUUGACUAAAACCCGUAUACUCUCGGUUGUGAAGCCACUCGUCUUUGCUUUACCGCUUUUUUGCAUUAUGAACUUUAAAAGAAGAAAUACGUUUUAAUUAUGACACCCCCCGGGAAAUUUAGUUUUGUUUUGUGAUUUCUUUUAAUAUUUAAUUGAGGAAGAAACUUCAAAGAUGUUGAGUCUUUUACCUUUUGCAUUUUGUAAACGCUUUUUAACAUUGUGUACAACCAGGAAUAAAGAAGCAAAGUUAUAUUUUAUA